AUGAAGAUGGAUGAUAAGGAGCGCGCUGCAGCUCCGGCUGGCGAUCAUGGUCAUGGUGGAGACGAUCAGGAUACCGCCGACGUGGGCAAUCGCACGGAGCAAACGAAGCAUAAGACCAACGGCGCUACUGAGAAUGCCCCGAAAUCGGCCAAUGCAAAGGAUCCGUCAAGACCACGAAGGAAGAAGGCAAGGAGGGCUUGCUUCGCUUGUCAACGGGCGCAUUUGACUUGCGGUGACGAGAGACCGUGUCAGCGCUGUAUCAAACGGGGUCUUCAGGAUGCGUGCCAUGACGGUGUACGGAAGAAGGCUAAAUACCUGCACGAUGCGCCGGAUGGAGCGUUGAUGCCUGGAGUUGGUGGAAAUUUCUACAACAACAACAACAACAACAACAACAACAACGCGAUGCGAAACAAUUUGCCCUUUUCUCGAAAUGGCGCCAAUACGGUCAAUACAAACUCUCAGCAGAAUUCGGGGUCCAAUUACUAUCCCACGCCUCAAUCGAACUCGUACAGUGUCUAUCAAGAUACCCCCUUGGCACAGAGUUCUUUCCCUUCGCAAUCUCCCGUUUCCCCGACCUUCAACAUGAAGUCUACUCCGACAGCUCGAAGUAAUAGCUUGUCGUCCUCGGUGAACCCACAGCCACCCAACACGACCGUAUCAGGCGCCACCAACCAGAGUCAGAAUCCCCUCGCCGGACCAUUCUUUGACCCAAGUGACCCUGCGCUCUUCAACUUUGACCUUUCUAGCAUGAACUUUGAGAAUCGCUACGGUGCUUUGGAAUUUGGGAUGCUCGGCCAUAUGGCGACCGGUGCUGGUGACUCUCCCAGUGAUUCCGCCACCCAGCGAGGAUCGAUGGGCCGCAGUGGCUCCGCGCAAUACUCUACGACACCCAUCACCGGUGGCCCCGGCUUCGGGGAGAGUCCUGGGAACCAGCAACCUUUCAUGUUUGGCAACGACCCGCUCCUGAAUGAAUGGCCGAAUAGCCAGGCUCCGAAUCAAGGGCAUCUGGGUGUUGGCGGCGUUUAUCCCCAGGGCGGCAUGAUGCACAUGUCCAAGUCUGAUGCGCCACAUGCUUUUGCCAUCGAGAGCGGACCGGCCAGUUUCUCCAGCCCCAGUGCGACAACGAGCCCUCAUAUUAACAGCGGGUAUGAUGAUAAUGCGUUGAGCAAUGCGGUCGCGAAUAAGUCAAACGGCUUAACUGCCAGCGGACAACGGCCGGCGAUCACGACGCCAAGCCUGAAGCAUCAGAGCUUGCAAUUGGGAAUCAAACGACGUCAACGGAACCCGUCGACUGUGUAUGAGAACGUGAAAGAGCCGUAUGCCUAUACGAACCGCUUCCAUAAUUUGACGGCCUUUAUCCAACGGCGCUUUUCCCCGCAAAAGACCUUGCAGAUUGCGAAAGCAUUAGCGUCGAUCCGCCCAUCGUUUAUUGCCACGACCAAGACGCUCAACCGGGAUGAUUUGAUCUUCAUGGAGAAGUGCUUCCAGCGGACACUCUGGGAGUACGAGGACUUUAUCAACGCGUGUGGGACGCCGACCAUCGUCUGCAGACGUACCGGCGAGAUUGCAGCGGUCGGCAAGGAGUUUAGCAUUCUCACCGGAUGGAAGAAGGAUGUGUUGCUGGGCAAGGAGCCGAAUCUCAAUGUCAACACCGGAGGCUCAUCGAUUCCCCAGUCUGGCACCACAUCCCGCGGCAGCUUUACGCCUCGAAGUUCUACGCUGGAAAAUGCCACUCCCGGACGUCCGCAGCCUGUAUUCCUUGCUGAAUUGUUAGAUGACGACAGCGUGGUGGAAUUUUACGAGGACUUUGCUCGACUUGCCUUUGGCGACUCCCGCGGCAGCGUCAUGACGACAUGCAAGUUGCUCAAGUACAAGACUAAGGAGGAUAUGGAGCUCGCACAGUCUGAUGACAACCAGAGGUGGAAUAAUCACCUGCGCAAAGGCGGGAUCGCCGGCGAGGCCGGGAUGAAUCAGUUGGGUUUCAAGGAUGGCAAGGUCGAAUGCGCCUACUGCUGGACAGUGAAAAGAGACGUAUUUGACAUUCCAAUGCUUAUUGUGAUGAAUGACAACCUCGCAAUGCGACCGGAUGGACCUCGGGAUCCCGUCGCGGGGCCAGACAGCGGUCCCGAACCCCCAUAUCCAGUGCGUCUGUCCGGACCCGUGAUCAAGGGGUUUGGACGGGGAAGUAAAGAGCUGGGCAUCCCGACGGCCAACAUCCCCGCCGAGGGACUGUCGGAGUAUCCCGAUCUCCAGGUCGGGGUGUACUAUGGCGUUGUUGCGCUUGAUCCAGCCAAGUUCCAGUACCAGGAGGGCCAGGGCUCGUCGACAGCCGCAGCGGCUAUUCUGCCUGCUGUGCUGAGUAUCGGGUAUAACCCGUUCUACAAGAAUAAGACGAAGUCGAUUGAAAUCCACAUCAUGCCACCGCUCUCAUCGCCGUCGCCCACGGCAGAAGGGGCGGGAGCAGCGGGACAGGUGAAAUUCCACAAAUUGCCUGACUUCUACGGGACGCAGCUGAAGCUGCUUAUUCUGGGGUAUAUUCGCCCGGAGUACGAUUACGUGUCGCUUGAGGCGUUGGUCGAGGAUAUCCGGGUCGACUGCGAGGUUGCGCGGAAGAGUCUGCAGCGCAAGGCUUACGAAUGUUAUCUUGAUGGGGACGAGAAGGAGUGUUCGGAUGCGGUGAGGGAGCAGCGGAGGUGGUUGGUGACAUUCUGA